UAUAAGUGUAGAAUGCUUUUAAGUAGCAGGCGUCACGGCCCUUUUUCUAGACCACGUAUUUAUUCUGAAUAUUAGGUUUUAUUUUUCUUGUCUCAAUGUGAAAUGAUUUCCGCAAGGUCGUGGCUGUGAAACAACGCAGUAAAACUGAUUUGUUUUCUUAACAGCGACGACGUGGUGUAAAACUGAUCAAUCAUUAACGCGUCAUCAAUCGCGGAAUCUUCUCGUCGGAGUCUCCGCGGGUGAUGAAAUAUAAUUUUACUACUACUAGUACCCUGCAGUAACCUUCGGUGACGCUGCCAAGCACCACAAAUCGGUAGUUAAUAAUGCAUAAAUCUGGAACUGUAAAACACAGAAUUAGUAAUGCAACAGUGUGAAAGAGCCGAGAUUUCAAAAGGAUUAUGCGAUAAAUCUCCAAAGUUUUUAUGCAGCUCAGCACGCCGAGUAUCUUACAAUAAAAGUUGACCAGUAGAGGCUUUCCGCUGAGCUGCCCCAUGUCUGCCGGAGGUCCCUGUCACCAUUGGACUCCCCACUGAAUCAUUAACUGGACAGGUGGAGGAAACACCUCAAUAACAUCUAAAGAGCAAACAGCUGCACGCAAGCAGCAAAACACAGGAGCGGAAUUAGGGUGGGAGAAAUCUGAGGAGAGCACCAGAGAAGAAUUGGAAUUACACCCCUGCGAAUCCUCCCUGGAGAUCAGAUCCUGUCUAAAGACAAGUGUGCUUGCAACGGGCAGCCGACAUGGUUGCCGCCGGUUAUGGAUACUACCGCACCAGUAUCUUUCUGGCUAUGUUUGUGGGGUACACUUUGUACUACUUCAACAGGAAGACCUUCUCCUUUGUGAUGCCUUCUGUGAUGCAGGAGAUCAAACUGGACAAGGAUGACUUGGGUCUAAUCACCAGCAGCCAGUCUCUGGCGUACGCUAUCAGCAAGUUCAUCAGCGGCGUUCUCUCAGACCAGAUCAGUGCCCGCUGGCUUUUCUCCAUCGGCCUCUUUAUGGUGGGCGCCAUCAACGUGGUGUUCUCGUGGUCUUCCACUGUGGCCGUCUUUGCAGGGCUUUGGUUCCUGAAUGGACUUGGUCAGGGCCUGGGCUGGCCCCCUUGUGGGAAGGUGCUGCGCAAGUGGUUUGAGCCAUCCCAGUUUGGCACGUGGUGGGCCGUGUUAUCCUGCAGCAUGAAUCUGGCCGGUGGCCUGGGCCCCAUCAUCGCCACAGUGAUGGCCCACAACUACAGCUGGAGAACCACCCUUUCUAUCUCAGGCCUGACCUGUGUGCUCAUGGCUGCUGUCUGCCUGCUGCUCAUCAAGAAUGAGCCUAGUGAUGUGGGCUUGCCUAAUAUUGAACCUGGGACCAAGAAAAAUAAAAGAGAUGCCACCAGUGAUGAAAGUACCUUGAAGGAGUUCCUCCUGUCCCCUUACCUGUGGCUCCUGUCACUCUGCUAUUUGGUUGUUUUUGGGGUGAAGACAGCGUGCACAGACUGGGGACAGCUCUUCCUUAUCCAGGACAAGGGCCAGUCAGCACUCAUGGGUAGCUCCUACAUGAGUGCCCUGGAGAUUGGUGGGCUACUGGGCAGCCUUGCAGCAGGGUAUCUGUCAGACAGGGCUGUGGCUCAGCAAGGUCUGCGCAGCCAUGGAAACCCCCGUCACGGCCUGCUGCUCUCCAUGAUGGCUGGGAUGUUUGUGUCCAUGUAUCUCUUCCGGGUCACAGUGACACCAGAGAGCCCCAAAAUUUGGAUUCUGUCUUUAGGGACAGUUUUUGGCUUCUCAUCUUAUGGACCGAUUGCCUUAUUUGGGGUUUUAGCCAACGAGAGCGCACCUUCCAACUACUGCGGGAUGUCUCAUGCUGUUGUAGCUUUGAUGGCCAAUGUUGGUGGAUUCCUUUCCGGGCUGCCGUUCAGCACCAUCGCUAAGCACUACAGCUGGAACACAGCCUUCUGGGUAGCAGAGGUAACCUGUGCUGGAACGACCAUCUGCUUUUUCAUGCUGCGUAACAUCCGUACCAAGAUGGGCCAUGUGCCCAAAAAGGCUGAAUGAAGAUCGUGUCAACAAAGCCCUGCGCUGAGUCAUUGGGCUGUCACUGAGUCUCAUCCCCACCCGUUAAACCAAACCGAACUCUUACACUGUGUAUUUUCAUGAUUUGGUAUCCACGGUUUAAUUAUCCCCCCCACUAUAAGGAGGUUUUUA